UGUGGACCACGUCAGUCCUUUGCGUGCAGUGCUUCGUUCCUUCUUGAAAUUCGCGCUCUCUCCCUCUCCUUCUACAACACUUUCGUUGACCUAUUAAAAAUUGUUCUAAAUCUGCCAACAAUUGAUCAAGAUGAGUGGCGGUGGGUGUCCCAUGAAUAACGGAUUCAGAUCGAAUGAUGCUCAGGAUGGAAUCAAUAUGGCCGAUCAUUCAACUGGCAUGAUGUACGGCGAGUACUUACAGCUGGACAAGAUCUUGGACGGCCAGAGAUUGAUGAGCGAACAACUUGGCAGUGAGACCGUGCACGACGAGCAUCUCUUCAUCGUCACUCAUCAAGCAUACGAGUUGUGGUUCAAGCAGAUUAUCUACGAAUUGGAUUCAGUUCGUGAAAUGUUCUCUACCCAGGAAAUUGAAGAACGAAAAAUGCUGGAAGUUCUCAAGAGGAUGAAUCGCAUCGUUCUCAUUUGGAAGUUGUUGAGAGAUCAGGUCAUGAUUCUCGAAACCAUGACUCCACUCGAUUUUAUGGAAUUCCGCGAAUAUUUGACGCCUAGUUCAGGAUUCCAAAGUCUUCAAUUUCGGUUGCUUGAAAACAAAUUAGGAAUUCGACAGGAACAUCGAGUGCGCUACAACCAAUCCAACUACAUCAAAGUGUUUGGCAAUGAUCCCACAGCCGUGGUGGAACUCCAGCGAUCAGAAGAGGAGCCAUCACUUUGCGAAUUGGUUCAACGGUGGCUGGAGAGGACACCUGGUCUGGAUGAGGAACAUCCCAGCAACUUUUGGUCACAAUACCAAGAAGCUGUCGACUCUCUGAUACGCGAGCAACAAAACGAAGCAGAGGCGACAAAAGACGAGACGUUGAAAGGCCAUUUGCUGAACGAGUGUCAAAAGAAGAAAGAAAUUUUCGAUUCCAUUUUUGAUGUGGACAUCCACAACGCUUUGGUUGCACGCGGAGAGAGGCGUUUCAGCCACAAGGCCUUACAGGGUGCCAUUAUGAUCACAUUCUAUCGCGACGAACCGCGUUUCAAUCAGCCCCAUCAGCUUUUGAGCAUCCUAAUGGACAUAGAUUCGCUAAUUACUAAAUGGCGCUAUAACCAUGUUAUGCUGGUGCAGCGAAUGAUUGGAUCGCAGCGUAUCGGGACCGGUGGCUCGAGUGGCUAUCAGUACUUGCGAUCAACUUUAAGUGAUCGUUACAAGGUGUUCUUGGACUUGUUCAAUCUGUCAACGUUUAUCCUGCCGCGUAAACACAUUCCACCAUUAUCGCACUACAUGAAAACGAGGCUUUCCAUCCGCGAGCAACCCACUUCGCAGAAUCGUCAGGCCGGACUUCACGGCGAAGAGGACAACAAAUCUCAGAGCGGAAGUAGUUUGGGUGGGCUAGAAACAUCCGGAGAACUUUCACUGUAAAACACUGUUUUGUUUUUUUUUUUGUUUUUUCCAUGCUUUUCCCACUUUUGUUUGUUUCUAUUUUGCCAUCAUUUUUUAACCGACGACAUCUUCAAGAGUACUAUCCUGCUAACGGUGAUUGAAUGACGUCAUAGUCAUACACCUUUGUUAUGCGAUGCAACGUUUUGUUGCUUUUUAUCCACACGUGUCAUAUUUAGUUUCUAUAGAUCGUUUGCUAGUGCCAGAAAUUUCCUGGAAAUCCAUGCGCUUCAAGGAUUUUGUGAAUACACUGCCAGAAAAUA